AUGGCUCCACUGGCACUAAAGGCGGUUCGGCUCGGCCUGUACGGCCACUGGCGGAACGCCGGAGCGUACCUCGUCUGCGACCGCGAGGUCGGGGAGUGGCUCUGCCUCUCGUGCGACGUCGUGUCGACCUCCGCUCCGCCCGGCGCCCGCUGCGACGCCGCCGGAAAGGAGGCGCAGGUGGAGAUUGCCCCUCGCGAUGCGUUUCGACGGCGCGUCUACCUGCAGCCGCUCGGGCUGCUUAUGACGGUGGACGGCGGCGCCUUCGAGCGGGUGUCCCUCGCCGUGGGUGGCGCAGCGGGCGGUGGGGCGGUGCUUCGCCUCUCUCCCCUCCCAGCCUCGUCGACGCACGCCCUGCUGACGCUCACAGCAGACGGGCCUCGCGGGGGCGGCGGGGAACGCCGCGUGCACUGCCGCUGCGUGGCGCGCUCGUGCAGCCUCGGGGCGGCGCCCUUCCCUUCCAGAGGAGGCGCGGCCGGAGAGGCGGGCGGUUCUCUGCAGGACAGCCCCUUCGAGCUCAGUUUUGCGCCCGGCGGGGAGCUCAGUGAACCGCCGCUCGCGCGAGUCGCUCUGGCCGUGGAGGCUGCGGGCGAGGCGGAGGGAGUCAGGCUGAAAUAG